GAUUUUUCACCGCAAGUGACCGAGUUAUAAAGAAUUUUGUUUUUUCUUCCGUGAAAGCGAAAACCCGGACAACUCCCACAAAGGGCUUUUCUCCACUGCGAAGCAUCGGAACAACGCUCAACGCCGACGGAGGAGAGAGAAAAAGAUAGUCAAACAACUUGUAUUGCAGUUCCUCAAUUAAAUUAGGGUUUCUCAUUCCUCACCAUUUAGGAUUUUUGAAAUCCAAUCCAAAUUAAAUCUCGCGGAACCAUAAGAAAAGCGGGGAAGUUUUCCACAAUUCACCAAAAAUGGUAAAGACAACGAAAGGAGGCAAAGUUAUGAAUCCUACUGAUGCUUAUCGCAAAGAACUUCGCAAAAAGGAAUUGAAAAGGAACAAGAAAGAGAGAAAAAAGGUUAGGGAGGUGGGUAUUUUGAAGAAGGAUCCUGAUCAGAUCAAAGAUCAGAUUCAAAAAUUGGAGACAAUGAAAGCUGAAGGUGCACUUGAUAAGGCAAGAAAGCACAAGAAAAGGCAGCUUGAGGAUACUUUAAACCUUGUUAUGAAGAAGCGAAAGGAGUAUGAAGAAAAAAUGAAGGAAAAGGGUGAGGAACCAGUGAUGUUCAGCCAUUUGGGACCUGUACAAAGACGGACCUCAGCUGAAGAGGAGGAGAGAGCGAAGCACCCACAACCUGAAGAUUCUGUAUACUAUCAUCCCACAUUGAAUCCCACAGGAGCACCACCCCCUGGAAAGCCUCCUAUGUACAAGUCUUCUAUAGGGCCUCGAAUUCCCUUGUCUGAAGCUUCCUCGUCAACUGGUACAUCAUUUGUAGGUCCGGAUGGGGGUGAGUUGCCUGCGCUGCCUCCGCCACCUCCUUUGCCAAAAAGUGGUGAUCCUGAUUCCAUUCACGGUACUGAUACUGAUAUACCUGCAUCUCUACCUCUUCCACCCCCACCACCAAUGCCUCCAAAGCCUUCAGAUUCUAACUUGGCAUCGGCAUUGCCCCCACCUCCACCUCCACCACCUGGACCUCCUCCUGGAGAAAAUAUUGGAGUUCGUCCUCCACCCCCUCCACCCCAUCAACAUUCCAUUCAGCCACCACCACCGCCACCAGGUACUUCUGGAAGUGAGAGGGAUAGCACCACCACAAAAGAUACACAGGUGCCUAAUAUGCUCCUCCCUCCACCACCUCCUCCACCUGGAUUACCCCCUAAAUUUGCAGGGAAUCAAUCUGGUGUUGAAUCUGAUGCUAAUCAGGAAGUGAGCAACGAUCUACCAAAAAUGGCCCCACCACCUCCACCACGGCAGCCUCCAGUACCAGGUAUGCCAGGACCAAUUCUACCUGCAUUACAGCCUGAUGUGCUACCUCCAGGUAUUUCAAGAUUCCCUCCACCCCCUCCACCAGACAUGAGACAACCAUUAUCUGUUUCUGGAGUUCUGGGGCAACCUGCACCCCAUGGAAUGGUACCACUUAUGCCAAGGCCACCUUUCGGUCCUCCCCCUGGACCACCUCCUAUGAUGAGACCUCCUCUUCCUCCAGGUCCGCCACCUAUGAUGCUACAGGAUGAUUCAUUUGCAAUGAGACCAACUGUUCCGCAGAAACCAUCUUAUGUUAAAUCGGCUGCUCCCACAGUUGUAAAGAGGCCUCUAGCUCAGCACACACCAGAGCUCACAGCUAUGAUUCCCGCUUCUGUACGUGUGAGAAGACAGUCUGCUCUUCCAAAACCAAAACCAAAAGCGGCAACAAAUGCAGCUAUCUCUCAGCAGCCAAUGGCUUCUGCUCCAAAACCAGAAUCAGUAGCAACCACAUCAGCACCAAAAGCACAGAGCAUCGAUGAUUCAUAUACGGCUUUCUUGGAGGACAUGAAAGCACUUGGUGCUCUUGAUAGCUGACUUAAAUAUUAUUGCAAGGGAUUUAUAAUAGUCUUAAUCCCGGGCUCGUGGCAGGUUAAUUUGGGUCCUCUCUUGGUUAGCUGUAUUUAAAAAUUAAGCUUCUGAAGCAAUCUAAUGUAUUAGUAUUACACCAGUGUAUGCUGAGAUUUGAGGUUCUAAUUUUUGGUGUAAUUUUGCGCCAAACAGAUCCUUGCCUAUAGAGAGAGGUUCUAAAAUGGAACAAAUGUUCACAUCCCAUAACAAGAUAAUUUUGAUUCCAGUUCUCGUCA